CCCCAACACCAUUGGCGGGUACCUUACAAACUGACGAAAAACUAGAGAGAGAGAGUGUGCUGUAUGUAUAUGUAUGUAUAGAGUGUGAGUGUGAGUGUGAGUGUGUCCGUGUGAUUGUGUCGUAUAUGUGUGUGUGUGUGUGUGUAUAUAGAGAGAGUUGUAUGUAUAGUUCAAAAAGUAAAGUGCUUAAACCAGGCCGUACGAACACUAUACAUAUACACACACACGCUCUCUCUCUCUCUCACUCUCACUCAAUCGCACUGUACAAAAGUACUCAUCAAUAGCACUGUAGAAAAAUCUCUCUCGGACACCCCAAAAAGUCCUUCGGCCCUCGUACGUAGUAGUUAAAUAUAUAUUACAAGAUCAUCGGAUUUUUCGUGGCAUUUAAGGAAAAAGGAGUUUUUAUUAUAUGAGUAUUGAUUAUUGUACCCUUUUAGCGUUUGAUUCAGUCAAGUGAUUGAGAAUUAAGUGAAAGCAGGAAUGGAGUUGUACGGAAGGCGAAGCGGGACAGAAUCGGAUCAGCAGCAGGUGGAAUGGGCUCCGGCAGGCCAAGAACCCGGUUUAGUAGAAUCGAUGCGAGGGUUGAAUUUGAGGGAUGGUGAGUACCCGGAGAGGCCAGGUGCGGCAGAUUGCCCGUACUAUAUGAGAACCGGGACCUGUGGAUACGGCUCCAAGUGCCGGUAUAAUCAUCCCCAUGAUCGUGGAAUCUCGACUGGGGGUGUUAUGAGAGAUUAUCCUGAGCGGGUAGGGGAGCCUUCAUGUCAGUAUUAUUUAAGGACAGGGACCUGUAAAUUUGGUCCAUCUUGCAAGUUCAAUCACCCAAAAAAUGCUGGUGGAUCCUUGACCAAUGUGCCUCUAAAUAUUUAUGGAUAUCCAUUACGACCGGGUCAGCAAGAAUGCUCCUACUAUUUGCAAAAGGGGCAAUGCAAAUUUGGUAGAACAUGUAAAUUUGAUCAUCCCGAACCAGCUGGUUUAUCAAUGCCAGAUCCAGCACGUACAUUUUAUCCAACAGGGCAGUCUCUUUCUGCUCCUUCUGAGCAAUAUGACAGCACAUCGACCACCUAUAGGGUUGCAAGGCCUCUAUUGCAUGGUUCAUAUGUGCCCGGUGCUUAUGCUCCAAUGUUGCUUCACCCAGGAGUGGUUCCCAUGACAAAUUGGAAUACAUUCUCGGGACCAGUUAGCCCUGCACCAUCACCUGGUGUUCAACCCUCGGUUGGAUAUAGAAUGUCACAGCUAUCUUCUUCUGCACCGGCCUUUACAGGAGCUUAUACCCAGUUACCCUCUUCUGCCUCACCUUUGAGUGCUGGCGUAACAUUGGAGCAACAGUUACCAGAAAGGCCUGGCGAGCCUGACUGCAAAUACUACAUGAGAACUGGGGGUUGUAAAUAUGGAUCAUCUUGUAGGUAUAACCAUCCACCAAACUGCGUUGUUUCAAACACAAAUUGUGUACUUAGCCCCUUGGGGUUACCUCUGCGUCCGGGAGUGCAGGCCUGCUCUUUUUAUUUGCAGAGAGGUCGCUGCAAAUUCGGCCGUACUUGCAAGUUUGAUCAUCCAAUGGGAGAUGGAAAAUACAAUUCCACUUCAUCGUAUUCUGAAAUGCCAGGCUGAAUAUGUUGCAGGGUUGAAACUUGAUCUUGGUAUAAUCAGGACACGGCCUUCUGGGAACAAUUCCAGUGGUUCUGUUCGUCUGAUGUUUUCACAGACUGUUAAAUGAGAUUUAUCCUUAAAAGUACACAUAGAAGCACAAGAAACAAUAGGGAAAGUCGCCAUUCAAUAUGAUAAGUCUAUUACCCUCUUAUUUCAAGUUUCGCCACCAACAUUUGUAGCCGACUCUUUUGUCAACUAUCAUUUAGUUAAUAUUUCCAUAUCGUCAUUAAAGUUCAUCUACUCUAUGAUAUUGUAAUUCAAUACAUUGUUAUCCAAAAUGUUGAUCUUUUGCUCCACGUUAUA